UCGGGACGAUAACAUUAGCGAAAACAAAGCAAUUUACGUAUAUAAUAUAAUUUGGCAGUAUUUAUUAUCAUUUCGCUAAAAUAACGUCGCCAACGCGCUUAAAACAAUCUAUAUAUACCAAAGUUCGCUUGCCUGUUGCGUGUGUGUGGAAUUUCUUUUGCAUAUUGGAGAAACCGAAGCAAAAGAAAAUCUACACUGAGGCAACUACGCAACACCCUGCGACCUCGACACGCAGCCAGUGCAAUAUAUUGAAAUGCAAAACUACGGCGCUGGAGCUGCUGCUGCUGCAGCUCCAGCCGUCAAGCGCCGUACGGACAGCUACGAGGCUGCACAAAAUCAUCCACAUACGCCCAGCAGCGGCGAGAACUCGCGCUGCGAAAGCGAUGAGGAGUAUGUGAACACCAGGAUAUUGCGGCGGCGCAUGGAACUGCAGUCAACGCCUGUCGUGACAGUGGCACCAAGCACAGUUACAGCCACCGUUUCAGCCACGCCAGCAUCGGCCCAGGGUCAUGUCGAGCAGCCACAGUUUCCAACGGCCACAUCCUCAGCAGCAUCCUACAACGAGGAGCGCAUGCGUCGCAAGCUACAGUUCUUCUUCAUGAAUCCCAUAGAGAAAUGGCAAGCGCGCCGAAAGUUUCCCUACAAAUUUGUGGUGCAGAUCGUGAAGAUAAUUUUGGUGACGAUGCAGCUAUGCCUGUUUGCCCAUUCACGUUACAAUCACAUCAAUUAUACGUGGGACAAUCGCAUUGCAUUCUCGCAUCUGUUUCUCAAGGGCUGGGACUCGUCACGCGAGGUUGAGAGCUAUCCACCUGCUGUGGGACCAUUUGCACUCUAUGAGAAGUCGGAAUUCUUUAGCACGGUUCAGUUUGCUCUGGACGGCUACGGCAAUGUUAGCCGGUCAAUUGGACCCUACUUUUAUCCCACCGCGAACAAUACGAUGCCACCGCUGACCCUCUGCAUGCAGAACUAUAAGGAGGGAACAAUAUUUGGUUUCAAUGAAUCGUAUAUCUUCGAUCCACAUAUCUAUGAGCUGUGCGAGAAACUGCCGCCAAAUGUAUCCAGCAUUGGAGUCGAGAAAUAUUUGGAGAGUCAAGGAGUGGAAGUGAACUUCGCAUCGCUGGUAACAGCUGAGCUAACGUUUAAUAUUAAGACCGUGAAUUUUAAGGCCAAUUCUGGAGCUUUGUCGGCGCCUGAUUGCUUUAAAUUCGACAUAUCUAUAUUGUUUAAUAAUCGGGAUCACGAUGGACAAAUGCUGCUAUCACUUGAUGCAGAAGCUACGCGCCUGAAGUGCAAGGGCAACACUGACUUCAUAUCGGAAGCCCGUCUCGAUGCCAUACUGAGAAGCAGUCUAAAUAUCUUUGUGCUCUUGACCUGCGCUCUAUCCUUUGCCCUAUGCACUCGUGCUCUUUGGCGCGCUUAUUUACUGAAGUGCACCACCAAGAACUUCUUCCGUUCUCAUUUCGCCAAGGAACUCAGCUUCGAUGGAGGACUGGAGUUUGUCAACUUUUGGUAUAUUAUGAUCAUCUUUAAUGACGUACUGCUAAUGAUUGGAUCGGCGUUAAAAGAACAAAUCGAAGGUCGUUACAUGGUUGUCGAUCAAUGGGAUACCUGCUCACUGUUUCUGGGCAUUGGCAAUAUGCUGGUGUGGUUCGGUGUGCUGCGCUAUUUGGGCUUCUUCAAGACCUACAAUGUUGUAAUACUCACGCUGAAGAAAGCUGCACCGAAAAUACUGCGCUUCCUAAUUGCUGCUCUGCUGAUAUAUGCGGGCUUCGUAUUUUGCGGCUGGCUCAUAUUGGGGCCAUACCACAUGAAGUUCCGAUCGCUAGCCACAACCUCCGAGUGCCUGUUUGCGUUGAUCAACGGCGACGAUAUGUUCGCAACAUUCGCGACGCUCUCCAACAAGGCCACCUGGCUUUGGUGGUUCUGUCAGAUUUAUCUAUACUCCUUUAUUUCGUUGUACAUCUAUGUUGUGCUAUCGCUGUUCAUAGCUGUUAUCAUGGACGCUUACGAUACGAUUAAGACGUACUACAAGGAUGGGUUUCCCGUUUCCGAUCUCAAGGCAUUUGUGGGCACACGCACCGCAGAGGAUAUUAGUUCUGGUGUCUUCAUGAACGAUCUGGAUGAUUUCGAUCAGACGAGUUUCCUGGAUGUGGUGCGAAACGUUUGCUGCUGCACGUGCUGCAGUCGACGUCAGGAGACCACACAAGGCAACAGCGGCUACACGAGCCUAUCGAGUAUUAUGAAAUAGUUUGAUGCGCCAUAGAAAUUGCAGGUGUUUGUUUGUUUGUUUUUGUAAUGCCUUUUAGUUUAGUUCAAAUUGUUGUUAGCUUGUUGUAAUUUGAUUUUAAUUUUACAUUUGCGCCAAAGCUAAAUGCUCAACACGGAGCCCAAAAUGAUGUACCAACAGAAAUUCCAAUUGUUCAAGUGCCAGCUUCAUUUUAUAAAACUCAAACUAUGACUAGACGCGUAGCUGGCAAAUUACAUUAAGUUCAAAGUUAGCUUUCCGAUUACAAAAAGUACACCAGACAUUUAUUUCUAAGCCAACCAAACAUCUGUAUGUGAUAUAAUACAGAAUAAUAAUAGAAGUAUAACUAGAGCAUGAGAAUUUCUUUUGGAAUGCAUCAGGAUCUUCCAUGUGAACAAUACAUAGAAACGAGUUUACGUACAAAGUAAGAUUCACUUGAUUAUCC